AGCCGCGCAACGCAUUCAUGCUGUCAUUAUGGAUCAAGAUCCGCUCCUGUGAACCAGUGGGAGGAGCGUAUGGAUCACCAGUACACUCCAACACAGCCUAGUGUUCACUAACGCGGAAUAUCUAACCAUCUGGCCCUGAAUAAACAGCCGAAAACAGGCCUGCGUGUUUUCCUACCUCUGAUCCUCAGCUGGAGGAACCGGAGCAGGAACACAGAGAGGCGGAUCCGAAAGGAAACCAGACCGGGGUGCGACCGCGAUGAUGGCGUCCGGUAGCGCAUCCAGUCCGAUGGUCAUCCUCGCCCCCAAAACCAAGACCAAGAAGAAACAUUUCGUGCAGCAGAAGGUGAAAGUGUUCCGGGCGAGCGACCCGAUGCUCAGCGUGUUCAUGUGGGGAGUCAAUCACUCGAUCAACGACCUAAAUCAAGUUCCUGUACCUGUCAUGCUACUUCCUGACGACUUUAAAGCCAACACCAAAAUUAAAGUCAACAAUCAUCUCUUUAACAAGGAAAAUCUUCCAGGCCAUUUCAAAUUUAAGGAAUACUGUCCACAAGUCUUCAGGAAUCUCAGAGAGCGAUUCGGAAUUGAAGAUCUCGACUACCAGGUGUCUGUAGCCCGCAGUGCUCCCACAAGAGGUGAUGGUCAGGGAGAAGGUCACCUCUUCACUUCCUACGACCGUACACUGAUAGUGAAGCAGAUCUCUAGUGAAGAUGUAGCUGAUGUGCACAACAUUCUGUCCGAGUAUCACCAGCAUAUAGUGAAGUGCCAUGGCAGUACACUUCUCCCUCAGUUUUUGGGCAUGUACCGCGUUACAGUAGAGAGUGAGGACACAUACCUGAUCGUCAUGAGGAACAUGUUCAGCCACAGACUCGUGGUUCACAGAAAAUAUGAUCUGAAGGGUUCUUUGAUUGAUCGUGAGGCCAGUGACAAAGAAAAGGUUAAAGAGUUGCCGACGUUUAAAGACAUGGACUUCAGAAACAACAUGCAGAAGGUGUAUGUGACCGAAGAGCAGAAAGAGAAGGUUAUGGAGAAGCUUAACAGAGAUGUGGAGUUCCUAGUAAAGCUGAAGAUCAUGGACUACAGCCUGUUGCUAGGCAUCCACGACGUGGCACGUGCCGAGCGUGACGAAGAGGAGGCCGAGGAGCCCGGCUUCGAAGACGAGACCGAACCCGAGAACGGCCUCUCCACGACCACGCAGGCCGGUUCGUACGGCACGUCGCCAGAGGGCAUCGCCGGUUACAUGAACUCCUUCAAACCCUUGGGACCUGGAGAAUUUGACCCUUACAUAGAUGUAUACGCAGUCAAAAGCGCACCCGGAGCUCCGCAGAGGGAAGUGUACUUCAUGGGCCUCAUCGACGUGCUGACUCAGUAUGACACUAAGAAGAAAGCGGCCCACGCGGCCAAGACCGUAAAGCACGGCGCUGGUGCUGAAAUAUCUACGGAUCCAGAACAGUAUGCCAAACGAUUCCGUGAAUUCAUCUCCAAUAUUUUUGCAUAAGUGCUUGUGUGUGUCAUUAACAGUUGAUAGGGUGAAUGUCAAGGUCUCUUCGCACCAAAAUCACAAAAAUAUGUAGUAUUUUGAUUAAUUCUCAUUACUGUAAUAUGUCUAAACAUUUCACUGUUCAUGUUCCUUUUUUUAGGAAUCAUGCAGUUGAAGUGACCAUUAUUGUUUUCCACUUACUCUCGAUGCAGAUAUUCACGAAAUUUUCAUUUAUGCUCACGAGACUAAGGCAAUACAAGUAUUAGGAUGUAUAAAUUGACAAUUAAAAUAAUAUAUUGUUUUAUACAUUAGACUAUUUUUUGUAAUGAGAAUUCAAGGGGGGGCUUAUUUGUUAAGAAAUGCAAAAUAUUUAAGGGUCCAAAAUGAGUUUCUUUUAAACGCGUAAUUAUUAUAUUUGUGAUUUUGGAGUGAAAUAUGACCAAGAAAGGUUUGGUGAAAGGUUUUACCCAACCAGCCUGCUCUCACAGGAGUUCGUACGUAUUUUAUGACUUGGCAAAUUCGUAUGAAGUGAAUCGUACAAAAAUGUACGAUUUAAACCCCAAGCAACAAAUGUUCGAAUUUUAACGUACGAAUUAGCCUCCUGGUAAAACGCGUACGAAUCGCCAUGAGAUUGUAUUGUUUUUUUUGCCUUCACACUGUUUUUUUUAGAGUCCUGCUGUGCUUUUAUAUAGUAGAAAAUGAUGUUUGAGCACAUCGACAGCAACUUGACAUUCCCAGCAACACUACAUUUAUCAAUCGUGUAGUAGCAAAUGUAUAAAACUACAUUUAAAUGAAUCACUCUGCAAAUACAAACCUGAGAACAUUGCCUAAUCUUUUAAGGAGAUAUGACACUGAACUUGUAGCAUUGUUAAACUUAAUCUCUCUCUCUCUUUCGCUCUCCCUCUUUUCUUUUUGGACUUUGGAAUGGCAGAGAAAUUGCCUUAACCAGUUGUUGAAUCAGUUAUGGAGGAAUAGCAGAAACUCAUGAAGUUUGCAUCACUUAAUAUCUGCUGUACUAGAAUGUUGUGAGACACUUUUGUAUAUAUUGGUCAGACCGGGACCCUCAGUAAGGGUCUGUAGUUAAAAAAGAAACACGAAUAGAGACUGAUUGUUUGUUUGUAUGGAUGGGUGGAACAUCUUAUGUGAGCUAUUUUAUGCAUUUAGCCUUAAUAAGAAAAAAAGAGGACUUUUGUAGCAGAAACACUCUAGUGAUGCUGAUUUAGUAUGAAAUGCCUUACCGAUGCAUUUUAUUUAUUUCGCAAAUCAGUGUUCGGACCAAAUAUAUUUUUCAGAGAUUUCCAAAAAGAUGGGUUCUGUUAUUUAUUCAUUUUAGCUUUAUCCAUAAUAGUUGAAAGGUAUUUUUGAGCUGUUUUAACACCUUGCACUGUUGUUACGUUAAAGUUGUUACAUUGUACAUAAUGCACGUAACACCCGACUGUAAUGACCACCGAUAAUGUGCAUUCUUAUGUACAAUAAAACAUUACGACUGAAUCCACA